GAGGACGUCUCGUCGUCCGCGCGGGCUCGUCUCAGUCUCCUGAGGGGAGCAGAUCCGGCAGCAUGAUCCGCGGGCGGGGGUUGCUGGGCGGGCUGCGGCCUCUGCUGGCGGCGCCAAGUCCCUCAGCGAGCCCGGCGGAGCCUCGCCGGCCGUUUCGUACAGGAGAGCCCCGGCUUUACGACCCCGUCCAAGAUUUGGAGAAGGGAGUCAUCAAUGCCUACAAGAAGAUGAAAGACUUCCUUCCUGGCAGUAGCUGGCACCCCGGGCAUGUUACAGAAGGUUUACCUCCUGAGCAUGCUGAUGUGGUCAUCGUUGGGGGUGGAGUAAUAGGCUGGUCUAUUGCCUUCUGGCUGAAGAUGAAAGAACCACAGAGAAAUGCCAUUCGAGUAGUGGUGGUGGAGAAAGACAUUACGUAUUCCAAAGCAUCUACAGUACUCUCUGCGGGGGGAAUACGGCAGCAGUAUUCGAUGCCAGAGAAUAUCAAGAUGAGCCAGUUUUCGGCAAACUUCCUGCGCACCAUCAACCAAUACCUUGGUGUUGUCACCCAGCCACCCAUAGAUAUUCAGUUUAACCCAUCGGGCUAUCUCUUCCUGGCUUCAGAGGAUGGAGCUGCUGUGCUGGAGGAGAAUGUUGGAAUCCAAAGGAGGGAAGGAGCAGAGAUCUUACUACUGUCACCAGCACAACUGAAAAAGAAGUAUCCGUGGUUGAAUACAGAUGGCGUAGCUUUGGCUUCCAUUGGCUUGGAAAAUGAGGGAUGGUUUGACCCCUGGACUCUUCUCAACGCUUUCCGGAACAAAGCAAUAUCACUGGGCGUCCACCAGAGCUGCGGCGAAGCGACAUCUUUCAACUUGUAUACUGAAGAACUGAUGACGCAUGAUGGGGAUCGUAUUAAUUUCUCCCGUAUCAAGGGUGUUAAUGUCCAGAUGCCCAACAGUCUAGAAUCCACCAAAAUAGAUUGUGCUUUUGUGGUGAAUGCAGCAGGAGCUUGGUCAGGCAGUGUGGCAGAGAUGGCUGGCAUUGGAACUGGGCUGCCAAACUCAAUGCAGGGCAUCAGGCUUCCUGUGGAACCCAAGAAAAGGUAUGUCUAUGUCUGGCACUGCCCUGAUGGACCUGGCUUGGAGUGUCCUAUGCUAAUCGACACCACAGGAGCUUACUUCAGGAGGGAAGGCGUGGGUGGCAACUACCUUGGAGGCUUAAGCCCUGCAGAAGAUGAAGAGCCAGAUAUCCAGGACUUGGAAGUAGAUCAUGAGUUCUUCCAGAAUAAAGUCUGGCCCAAGCUGGCUCACCGGGUGCCAAAUUUUCAAGGCUUGAAGGUGAAGAGUUCUUGGGCUGGUUACUAUGACUACAACAUCUUUGACCAGAGUCCUGUGAUUGGUUUGCACCCACUGGUGGAAAACCUCUAUUUUGCCACAGGCUUCAGUGGACACGGACUACAGCAGUCACCAGCUGUGGGCCAAGCCCUAGCUGAGCUCAUACUUGAUGGGAAAUUCAAGACCAUCGACCUAAGCAUAUUCUCCUUCAACAGGGUCUUCAAAGGAAGCAAGGCUGUAGAAAGGAAUAUCAUUUAAGAGCUUUAGAGAGCUGGGUAUCUUGAUGGUGAGUCCCAGCUCUUUCUGUUCUUCCCUACUUUCUUUCCCAGAUUAAUGACUACAUGCCCAUGCAGCACUUCG